CUUGAAUAGAUUGAAAUCAAAAUCGCUUACAGACUUUUUUUUCUCUUAUCUAUUUGUUUAUUUCACAAUGUCUACUAUUAUGCAAACACAAACAAUUCGAAUAAAAUCGAAACCAAAAAACCAGUUGCCUGAAAAAGAACGUUUUUUGAAAACUUGUUCUGAGGUAUCUCUAGAAUUAGUAGCUUCAUUACAAGACUCAAAGGAUAUCAAUUUAAAUGGCUUAAUAAUAAAGUAUUCGAAAAAGUAUAAACUAAAAAGACAACCAAGAUUGACCGAUAUUAUAUCCUCAAUACCUGAUCAAUAUAAAAAGUAUCUUAUUCCAAAAUUAAAGGCUAAACCUGUUAGAACUGCUUCAGGUAUAGCUGUGGUUGCAGUUAUGUGUAAACCACAUAGAUGUCCUCAUAUUGCUUAUACUGGUAAUAUAUGUGUUUAUUGUCCCGGCGGUCCAGAUUCAGAUUUUGAAUACUCCACUCAAUCUUAUACUGGGUAUGAACCAACUUCAAUGAGAGCAAUUAGGGCAAGAUACGAUCCUUAUGAACAAGCAAGAGGUAGAAUCGAACAAUUAAGACAGUUAGGUCACACUAUUGAUAAAGUCGAAUAUAUUGUCAUGGGUGGAACCUUUAUGUCUCUUGAUAAAGCCUACAGAGAAGAGUUUAUAUGUAAUUUACACAAUGCCUUGAGUGGUUAUAAUGGAAUAAAUUUAAAAGAAUCAAUCAAAUUUUCUCAGCAGUCUUCCAUCAAAUGCGUUGGUAUAACAAUUGAGACCAGACCAGACUAUUGUACUGAAACUCAUCUUAAUGAUAUGUUAGACUAUGGCUGUACUCGUUUGGAAAUUGGUGUUCAAUCAAUAUAUGAAGAUGUUGCAAGAGAUACCAAUCGUGGCCAUACUGUUAAAUCCGUUUGUAACACUUUUUCUGUUGCCAAAGAUGCUGGAUAUAAGAUUGUUUCUCAUAUGAUGCCUGAUUUACCAAAUGUUGGUAUGGAAAGAGAUUUAGAACAAUUCAAAGAAUAUUUUGAAAACCCUGCUUUCAGAACUGAUGGUUUAAAAUUAUAUCCAACUUUAGUUAUUAGAGGUACUGGUUUAUAUGAAUUAUGGAAAAAGGGACUUUAUAAAUCAUACAAUGCAAACGACUUGAUUGAUUUAGUCGCUAGAAUUUUGGCUCUUGUUCCUCCAUGGACAAGAAUUUAUAGAGUUCAAAGAGAUAUUCCAAUGCCUUUGGUUUCUUCUGGUGUUGAAAAUGGUAAUUUGAGAGAAUUGGCUUUAGCUAGAAUGAAGGAUUUCGGUACUAAUUGUCGUGAUGUUAGAACAAGAGAAGUUGGAAUCCAAGAGGUCCAUCAUAAGGUUCAGCCUGAUCAAGUAGAGUUAAUUAGAAGAGAUUAUUAUGCAAAUGGUGGUUGGGAAACUUUCAUAAGUUAUGAAGAUCCAAAGCAAGAUAUUUUGAUUGGUUUAUUAAGGCUAAGAAAAGCUUCAAAGAAAUACACUUACAGAAAGGAAUUCACUGAACAACCUUCAACCAUCAUCAGAGAAUUGCAUGUCUAUGGUUCUGUUGUUCCUGUUCACAGCAGAGACCCAAAGAAGUUUCAACAUCAAGGUUUUGGUUCUUUGUUGAUGGAGGAAGCUGAAAGAAUUGCAAGAGAAGAACAUAAAAGCGAAAAAAUCAGUGUCAUCAGUGGUGUUGGUGUUAGAAACUAUUAUGCAAAAUUGGGCUACUUCCUUGAUGGUCCUUUUAUGUCCAAAAUGCUCGAUUGAACGUCGAGAGCUGUUGCGUUUUAACUAAAUCCUUAUCGCAAUUCCACUAUAUUCCUAUUCACUUUAAAACUCCAUUGUAUUAAAUUACCAAUUUUUUAUUUCUAUCAAGUAUAUUUCAAUAAAUAAAUAGAUUUUAUUUUUCUUUCCAGCUUCAUAAGGGGUACAUUGCUUUAUGUUAAAAAGACGACAA